CUUCGGACUCGUGCUGAGUUUCGACACCCGAAGCGUUUGCGUCAGCAGACGAUGUUAAAUUGUCUUUUCUUGAAACGUUUUUGGUCGAAGAUUUAUCUAUCUUCGUGCGUUUGUUAUUUUUCGUUGCAGAGGUCGUCAUUUGCCUUAACUUGUGCUCCGCGAGGAAGCAUAGUCGCAACUGUUUCUGACAUCCCCAGAUAGCUGCCACUCCGUUUGGGGUCGGGAAUUUAACACCCAGGUGGUACGUUGACGGAACGGCUUGUAUGGCGUUGAGCCAUGGGGUUCCAUGAUCACGUUGUAGAUGGCAUGAUGAUCGACCACCGCGAAUUCGACGAUUUUCGUGAUCUCCUUGGCCAUGACUGGCAGCUGGAUUGACCCGAGGGUCAUUGAUACUUCGCCUGAAAAACCUGUGAGCGGUUUCGGCGUUGGAGUUACUUCUCUGAGUUCGAUGCUCAUCCGAUUGAGAGUGUCGCGGAAGAUUACAUUGACCGUGCUUCCCGUGUCAAUGAGUACUCUUCCGACUUCCAGAUCUCGUAUGACGAGAUCUAUGACGAGCGGAUCGCAGUGAGAUUGAUCGAUCCUGCCGGCUUCCUCCUUCGUGAAGGUGAUUGAGCAAUUCUGAUCAUCUCGGGUAGGAGACCAUGUAUAUUAAGUAAUGGAAGCAUUAAAGAUGCUUCGGAUCUCGAAGAACGGAAGAAGCUCAGGUUCAUCCCGGUAAAGGGGUAAGUAUGUUCAGGUUAAUGAGCACAUGUGGAGUAUUUCGGUUUAGAAGACAAGUGAAGAAGUGAUCUUUACCUAAGGUGGAGAUUUGUGGAUUAUAGUCACAAGGUCACCGGUUUAAGUGUGUAAGAAUGACCAAGGCACCUAAAGACUCGGGUUGAGCAAGAAGGUUAGGUGUGGAUUACUAAAGUCGUUUACAGGUGUUCAGUUCUCAUUGGUGGGUUGAAGAGAAGCGGCGCGUGUGGUGAGCUAAGCUUGUUGUUUACUUAAUUGUAUUCGUUAAUCUCUUCCUCUCUUAUAUGUUGCGUGUAACAAGAGAGAGAGAGAGAGAGAGAGAGGGAGAGAGAGCACCAUUGUUGUACACAAGAAAGCUCAGAUUAGAGCUCUUUAGUGAUUGCCGGUGGUGAACACAAGGUAAACAGUUCUGUGUGUCUUUACUUUCAUUUUGCUUAACAAACACAAACGAGAGACAAGCGUGAGAUAUCGAAUCGAGAGCGAGCCUUAACAGUGUAACCCAACGAGAUGUGGAUGUAAUAUCUAUAAUAGUUACAAAAUAGUGUUUCUUUAAAUCCCUCUGUGUUAUCAGAAUGAAUAAACACUUUUUUUUUUUUGAAAAAGUCUUUCUAUUAAAAUGCAGAAACAAAAUACAUAGCUAUGACUUUUUAAGUCAUACAGUUUGGUAUGGCCAUAUCCACCUCGGCCAGCCUGGUUGACCACAGUUUACGUAUUUCGUGAUUAAUUGUGACCGUUCCGUGACUAAGUAAAAAAUGCCACGGUCUUAUUGUGUCUAUAUCACAUAUUUCUACUAGUGAAUCUAGUGUUCCCUGUUUUAAUUCCUUACCUUUUUUAGCUUUUCUUUUUGUCUACAAACGUUUCCUGUUUUGAUAAUGAAAAUUCAAAUACUUAAAAUAAAAUGUAAAUUUGUAUAAGCUUUUUGGGAAAAAUAAAAUCCUUUGCGUACAAGUCGGCAGCUUUCCAUAUAUGGUGCUAGGUCUCCUCAUAUAUAGCUAGGUUUCCCUAGGCCUUCUUCAUAUAAAUUUUAACAUCUCUCUCUCUCUCUUGGAUCCGCAACUAAACCGAUCAUGAUAUCAGAUUCUGUACCUAUUGAACUCACACUCGAUAUAUUAUCGAGACUGCCAGAAAAGUCAAUCGCGAGGUUUCGUUGCGUGUCCAAACUAUGGGCAUCAGUACUUGGUGGUCAAGACUUCAAAGAUUUGUUCCUGACGAAGUCCUCGGCUCAGCCGCGUCUCUUAUUCGGCAUCAAAGAAAACGGCAAGUGGAGCAUCUUCUCGUUACCUCAGCGUCUGAGUCCAUAUGAGAAGCUUUCAUCAUCUCUUGUAGUAACCCCAGAAUUUCAUAUGAAGUUCCCGCCAGAAGAUAUGACGAUAUAUAGUUGUGCUCACGGAUGUCCAUGGGCAUAUGCCUCUGGUUUGGUAUAUUUCUAUGUUGAUAAGGAGCAAUGGUCAUACUUUGGUAGAAGGCCUAUGAUAUGUAACCCUAAAACGGGGCGGUAUGAGGCAUUACCUUUUAUCUCGAGGUACAGAAAGACUUAUAGCUUUUUUGGGUUUGAUCCGAUUUACAAGCAAUUCAAGGUAUUGUUCAUGCGUUAUCCAUUUGGUCCUGGUGAUCAUAGAAUUAUGACAUUAGGAACUAUGGGAAUGAGGUGGAGAAAGAUCAAAUGUUCCUUACUACAUGAGUGUGUGAGUGCAGGGAUAUGCAUUAAUGGGGUUUUGUAUUACUUAGGUGACUCGUCUGCCUGUGUGAACAAUUAUGAGCAGAUAGACGGUUUUGUGAUCGUGUGCUUUGACGUUAGGUCUGAAAAAUUCAGUUUCAUUUAUCAAGAAAGCUCUUGCAAAUUGAUAAACUAUAAAGGUAAAUUAGGUGUGGUUUAUUAUGAUGAUCAAGUUGAUGAUGAUGCCAUUGAGUUGCGUGUGUGGGUUCUAGAGGAUGUGGAGAAACAAGAAUGGUCUAAGUAUGCCUACACUUUGAGGGAUGAUAGAUUCUUCCUGCGUGACGUUUUCGUUGUCGGAGUGAAUUCUACGGGCGAAAUUGUUUUGUCGAUGGCAAAGUACACAUCUAAUCAACCGUUUUAUGUUUACUACUUUAAUCCCGAAACGAACACUCUCCAACGAGUUGAAAUCCAAGGUUUUGGAGAAUACCAUGAAUCCUCCGAUAAACCUAGAAGUGUCUAUGUCUUUGCAGACCAUGUAGAUGAUCUUAAUGUUCACGAUUCAAAGCUACUCAAGUCAAGUAUCUCUGUUCCAUAUGUGUAUAGAGAAGAAUCAGAAGAAGACGACAAAGACUAUGAUGAGUAUGGUUCUCCUUGUUUUUCUGGUAAAAGGAAGAAGAAAAAGAAGAUGAACAUGAACUUGAAAAAGGGCAUGAGGAUAAUAAUGAAGAUGAUGAAGAUGAAGAGGAAGAAAAGAUAGAGAUGAUCAUUGGAGUUAGCUGAAAGCAAUUAAUGGGCAUGUCAUUGUGUGCUUUUUAUCUAUGCGUUUAUGCUUUUUUAUGAACCUUGUUUAUUUAACUAUUUAACUAAUAAAUCAAGUUUUCUUUUUAAAAUCCCAUAUCUCUUCAGUUUCUAAAUCAGUAACAUCUUCUGUGGCGUAAAUGAAUACAAAACAGCCAGUGUAGAGUUUAUAUAUUGAUGUUGGCUUAAACAAAAUAGUGUAUGAUGAGAUAACUGUGAUAUGUAUUCAAUUCGUGUUUGGUUUAAUUAGAAUGUACUAUUGGCAGUGUCAACAUAGGCUAACCCAAUCCAAUUCAUUUUGGACGGAAUAUGGAAGUGCCCAAUUAAUAAAUGGUCAAAUUGGACAAAAGACCGGUUGGUACAUGGUCCAAAUGGGUUAAAGAUCAAAUUGACGAUGGGUGUCCAUAAACUUCUUAAAGACAUAUUUUCAUGAUUUUAACAAAAAAAAUAUAUAUAGUUUUAUCAGGAAAUCAAGAUUUAACGAUUUUGAUGGAAAACAUAAUUUCAAAAUUUUGACAGAAAAACGUAAUUUCAUAGUUUUGACAAGAAAAUUUAUAAUUUCUAAUUUUGGUGGGAAAACAUAAUAUCACAGUUUUCAUGGAAUUCUACAAUUUUAGCGAGAAAACAUAAUUUCACGGUUUUGGCAGAAAACACACAAUUUUCGAUUUUGGCGGGAAACCACAAUUUCACGGUUUUAGCAUGAAACGUAAUUUCACUUGGCGGGAAAACAUAAAUUUCUGGUUUUGGCGAAAAACCCAAUUUCUCGAUUUUGGCGGGAAACCGCAAUUUCACGAUUUUUGCGGGAAAACGUAAAUUUCUGGUUUUCCAGAAAAUAUAAUAUUUUGAUUUUGGCGGAAAACAUAUUUUGGUUUUGGGAGGAAAAUAUAAUUUUUCGGAUUUGGCGGAAAAACGUAAAUUUCCGAUAGUACAGUACUAUCUAUAUUCUCACCCAGAUAUCAUAAAGUUUGGAGGACUCGUCGUGUUUUGGAGGACACGGAAAUAAAGAUUUUCUUGUCAGAUUUGAGUUUGAUGAUGCUUUUGCUAGUGGAACCAAAUGAUAAUUUUGUAAUCGAGGUUAUCACGCUUGGUAGAUAUUCCUGAGAAGCAUGCAUGCAUGUUUACAGUUUACUCUUAUCCUGUUGUGGAUAUUCACAUACUCAUCGGUUUCUUCUAGAGGCUUUUUGGUUAACCUGAAGUAGUUCUUACAUGGUGAUAAGUCCUAUAACAUCUUCAUUCUGAGAAAAAUCAGGUAUAGGAGAGUUGUCGGUAUCCAAAAUGCAGAAGGAACAGCCUGUAUGUCGCUUCUUAGCUGGAGCAGCUGUGAGAGUCGUUUUCCCUUUGCUGCUCUCCUCGCCACUGUUCUCGCUCUUGCCGAAUUUUUUUUUUUUUUGAAAAAAAAAGGUUAAACCUAGGUCAAUUCAUGAACUAGACCUAACUCAUGGGUGGCCUUUCAUCCGGGCACACACAAUUUAGGCGGCAAAGUGGCCAACGGGAGUUGAAACCGGAAUCGUAUUGGGUUAUUUUAUCCCUCAAGUACCACUAGUCCAACCCACGUUGGUUAAGUCUUGCCGAAUUGUGCAUCCCAUGUUUCAAUAUUGAACAGUAGGUUCCAAAGAUAGUCUAUAGUAAGUGAAAAGUCAUGAGGAGUCAUACCUUCCUUCUCUGAUACCUCAACCAUAGCUGUUGGCUUCUUACAACUGUCCUUAAACAGCUCAUCUUUAGUUUUCUUGUUUUCCUCUUAUAGACAACUGCAAGUGGAUGUCAACUUUCUGAGACUUCAGGAUAUCAAAAUCAAAAUCAAAACUAUACUAAAAGCCAAAUAUAAAUCCCUCUCAGGGGGUCCACGCCGGACUGGAAAUUCAUCCAGUAGAAUUGCAGCAUUCCUCCACGUCAUUAAAUGAUUACUUGGGUUUGGGCUUAUGUGGUUUUGGGUCUGUAUUUUGUGCUUUUGUUAUGAUAUAGUUUCAUCUCCCUUUCUCUUCUCCGCCUCUAGGUUUCAAACCAACUUUUCAUUUUCUUCCUGCUGAUCCAGAAAUCUAUCGGUCAUUCCUAUUAAAUUUCUUCUUAAAUCCAUCGAUCUAUCUUCAAUGCCACCUUUUCUCUUCGAGGACGGUCGAGGUUCGAUUAUAAAAAGGUAAAAAGGUUAGCAUCCCUACACUCUAAAUCAUCCUAACCUCGAUUGUUUUGACUUUCAGUUUCUGGAGGUUUCGUUCAUAUCUGGAUAGAAGGGAUUCAUAAUUCUGGUCUUGAUCUAAAUUUUUAUAUAUAUAGUAAGUAUAUCUAACGUCUUUACCUACGAUUACGAUUGAUUUACAUUUUAUUCGGUUUUUUGUACAAGAGAUUCAUCAUUCUGAGCAAUUAUUAUAUUUUGUAUCAGACGAUUUAUGUUUUGAUUGAUGUUGUGUUUACAUAUAUAGAUACCUAUAUUCGUUUUAAGUCUCAUAGUUGUAGAUCUAAUGAAACAAUUCUGAUCAUGUCUCAUCUGAAAAAUUGAACGUUUAUUCGAGAUCUGUUAUUGAAAUGUGAAAACUUUGAACAUUGAUAAGUCUCUAUUAAGCGUUGUUUUUCUUUCCUGCAUCUAAUACAUAUGGUUUGGUCUUGAAAUUGCAGAAAGCGUGAAUGAGAUUGUGAUGGAGUCAAAAUAUGGUAAAAAGAAGUCCAGCAGUAGUAGUAGUUCCUUAUUUUACGAAGCUCCCCUCGGUUACAGCAUUGAAGACGUUCGCCCCAACGGUGGAAUCAA